GGGCCGGACUCAUCCUGUGCCUCCGCCAGCAUGGCCCUGGCUGCGGGCCAGAAGCAACCCUGCACGCCAGCAAGGAGCAAUCCUGCCCAACCUGUUCCUCCAGGCAGGAGGCCCCAGCGCCGGCUGCUGUUCUCAGCAGGAACGGUGGGUGCUGCAGCGCAGGGCACCGCCGAGCUCUGGAGCCUGCAACGGAGGGCAGGCAGGAGAGCAAGGGUGGCUGGCGCAGCGAUGGUGAUGCUGAUGGGACACAGGGGUCCUCACCCCAAACCAGGAGAGUGACCACCCCCAGAGCUCAGUUUGGAGGGUGCUGGGUGCCAGGCUGAGGGUGCUCAGCACCCCUGGGGAGUCCACGGAGGUGCAGCACUGCUGGCACAGUCUUUAUUCACCUGCCCUGGGGUGGAUCCCCCGGCCGGAUCCUGGCACCGGCGCAGUGCUGCGUCCCCAGGACGCUUCUCCUCCCUUGGUGGUUUCCUUGUAAAACAGGAGCAGCGGGGGCUGCCGAGGGCGGCCGGGGAGGGUCACGUCUGCCGAGCCAGGCACAGGACGGACCCUCCACCACCUCCUCCCACCAGGAAGUUUCUACGUUAAAAAAAAAGCUCAUUUUUGUCCCCAAAUACGGCAAAAAAAAGAGAAGAGGAACAGCCCGAUGCCCUGCAGCGCCCAGCCAUGGGGCUGCGGGGGACCCCUCUGUGGGAGGCCAUGCCCAGCCAGUGAGGGGGGGCUGGUUUCUAGCCCAGCCGAUGGGGUCAGCCCUGCCUUCCUGGAAGGUGGCCUUUGAAACCAGCCGGCAUUUCCUCAAAGGCUUCUCGGGGGAAAGUCCCUGCGGUGCCUUUGCCGCGGCUGGGGCUGCCACACCGCCUGCCAUCUCCAUAAAACUGCGGGCAGGCAGCGGUAGGCAGCAGCAGGCAGCGGCUGGCAGCAGCAGGUGCGGGCAGGCGGCCACGGGGACGUCGCACCAUGGGCAACUGGCUGGUCAACCACUGGUUCUCGGCCGCCGUCCUUCCUGGCUGGGCAUCAACAUUUUCCUCUUCACGUACUAUUUUCUGUUCUUCGACCGAGAUGAGCGAUACUUCUACACCAGGGCCAUCCUCGGGUCCGCCUUGGCAUGGGCACGAGCAUCGGCCAAGUGCCUCAACUUCAACAGCAUGCUGAUCCUGCUGCCCGUCUGCCGCAACCUCCUCUCCUUCCUCCGCGGGACCUGCUCGUGCUGCAGGCGGACGCUGCGGAAGCAGCUGGACCACAACCUCACCUUCCACAAGCUGGUGGCCUACGCGCUGGCCCUGCUCACAGCCGUGCACACCAUUGCCCACCUCUUCAACCUGGAGCGCUACAACCACAGCCAACAAGCCACCGAUGGCAGCCUCCCUGCUGUACUCUCCAAGCUGCACCUGAAGGGCAGCAACAAGUGGCUGAACCCCAUCCACUCCAACCAGACGACGGUCGAGUACGUGGCCUUCACCACCAUUCCUGGGCUGACGGGGGUCAUCAUCACGCUGGCGCUCAUCCUCAUGGUCACGUCUUCCACCGAGUUCAUCCGCAGGAACUACUUUGAGGUCUUCUGGUACACGCACCACCUCUUCCUCAUCUACUUCGUUGGCCUCGUCAUCCAUGGCAUUGCUGGGCUGGUGCGUGGGCAGACGGAGGAGAGCAUGGAGGAGGUGCACCCCCAUCGCUGCGCCCACUAUCUCACACACAAGGACGAGGACUGCAGCCAUGACUGCUGCAAAGACCCCGAGUUCGGGAGCAUCCCUGCCGAGUCCUGGAAGUGGGUUCUGGCCCCCGUCCUCCUCUACAUCUUUGAGCGGAUCCUGCGGGUCUGGCGUGCACAGCAGAAGGUGGUUGUCACCAAGGUGGUCAUGCACCCUGCCCGCGUGCUGGAGCUGCAGAUGCAGAAGAAGGGUUUCAGCAUGGAGGUGGGGCAGUACAUCUUUGUCAACUGCCCCGCCAUCUCCCUGCUGGAGUGGCACCCCUUCACCCUCACCUCAGCGCCUGAGGAGGACUUCUUCUCCAUCCACAUCCGGGCAGCUGGGGACUGGACAGAGAGUCUCAUCGACACCUUCCAGCAGCAGAAGACAGAGAUGCCCAGGAUUGAGGUGGACGGCCCCUUUGGCACAGCCAGCGAAGAUGUGUUCCAGUAUGAGGUGGCCAUGCUGGUGGGAGCAGGCAUUGGCGUCACUCCCUUUGCCUCCAUCCUGAAGUCCAUCUGGUACAAGUUCCAGCAGGCUGACCAGACCCUCAAGACCAAGAAGGUAUGGGGUGCCCCAUGGGACAGCCAUGGGUUUCUCCAUGCUGGGCUUCCUGUUCCUCAACAUUGCAUCCUUCCACCCCUCCUGCUCUGCUCCACCUUGAGCAACCCCUCUUCCUCUGUAUCUCAGAUCUACUUCUACUGGGUGUGCCGGGACACGGGAGCCUUUGCCUGGUUCAACGACCUGCUUGCCUCACUGGAGCAGAAGAUGGCUGAGUCGGGCAAGGUGGACUUUCUCACGUACCGGCUCUUCCUCACCGGCUGGGACACCAGCAUCGCCAACAACGUGGCACUCCGCUUCGACACCACUACGGACACAGUGACAGGCCUCAGGCACAAAACCAUCUUUGGGCGGCCCAUGUGGAACACGGAGUUUGCGGCAGUGGCUGCAGCCCACCCCAGGUCAGUGGUCGGCGUGUUCCUCUGCGGGCCAGGGGCCUUGGCGAAGAGCCUGCAGAAGUCUUGCCACCAGCACUCCAGCCUGGACCCCAGAAAGGUCAAAUUCUACUUCAACAAGGAGAACUUUUAAGCGGAAGCCAGGCUGGGACCCCAGCAGACAGGGGACCCUGCCAGUCUCGCCUCACCCCUCAUGCCAGAGCAUGACCAGGGAUAAGUAUCUGCUGAAGAGUGCGUGCACCAAAGCUAUGCAAGACACGGCAAGGUACUCCUUAUCCGAGAAACUCCACAUUCAAAGACUGCUGCCUUCUUGACCCAGUCCACAAAGGGUCCCCACGGGGGGAGCGCGGGCCUGUGGCUCCAUGCAGCUUCCCCAUCGAGAAACCAGAGGCACAUGCUGUGCUGCUGCUGGAGCAGUGGGAAGCUGUGCGAGCGCCCAGCAGGCUGGGCAGAACCAUGGGA